AUGGCCGACGACGCGCAAGAAACUCGCAAGCGCCCACGCGUCAGUGACGAAGCUCCUGCCGAUGAUGUUGCCGAAGCUACGCCUGACGUCGAAGAUGACGAUGACGACGAUGACAUUGGGCCUAUGCCUGUUCCAGAGGGUGCACCUACCUCUGGAGCUGCGAAGAAAAAGCGAAAAGUUCUCCCGCAUGAACGUCUGUUCUUGGACCACCUGCCCAGCGCAGACCGCUAUUCCAAGAGCUUUAUGCACCGCGACGUCCUUAAUUAUGUCAUAAUCACCAAAACUGGCUUUUUGAUCACUACCUCUAUCGACGGCCACCUCAAAUUCUGGAAAAAGCAAGAACAAGGCAUCGAGUUUGUUAAGCACUUUCGCGCGCAUUUGGCACCGAUCGUUGCUUCUACCGCGUCUACCGAUGGAACUGUGUCGCAAGCGUUGCGGAGAUGGGAGCGUCAAAACAUGAUAAACAUGAUCAAGUUGGAUUAUACCCCCAAAACCGCUUGCUGGGUUCAUAGGCGAGGGCAAGCUCAGGCGCUACUGGCCAUUUCGGACGAAAAAUCAUCUACAAUUCGAAUCUACGACGGCAGAGGCGACGGAACUCCCCUCCAAACCAUCUCGUCCCUCCAUCGCGCCCCUGUUCAUCUCAUGACCUACACCGACCAUUUUGACACAGUCGUUUCAGCCGACGAGUCAGGCUUUGUCGAGUACUGGCAGCCCAGGGAGCCUUAUGAGCCUCCGAAAGACGUUCCGGGUAUGUGGGAAUUCAAGAGCAGUACCGAUUUGUACGAAUUCAAAAAGACAAAAUCAAUCCCAACUUCUCUCACAUUCUCGCCCAACUCUUCACAUUUCGUCACGCUCUCGAGCAGUACAGACCGCCAAGUCCGGAUCUUCAACACCCUUACAGGGAAAAUGACCCGACGGUAUGACGAAUCGCUCACGGCUAUUCAGGAAAUGCAGCAAGCCGGUACAGCGUCGCAUAAACUUGAUGACAUGGAAUUCGGACGACGACUGGCCGUCGAGCGAGAGAUCGAAAAAGAUCCAAAGGUCUUGUCUACUAUUUCCGCAGUAUGGGACGAGAGCGGGACGAUGGUUUUGUAUCCCACCCUAGUUGGGAUCAAGGUGGUUAAUACGGUUACGAACCGCGUUGUACGAUUGUUGGGCAAGGACGAAACGGGUCGAUGGUUGAAUCUGGCGCUUUACCAAGGCGCUCCGGCUAAAAAGGGAAUAACUACAAUGGCAAUGGCAGCUUCUGCAAAUCCUAUUCUUGCGAAUAAGAAGGACAACAAGGUAUCAGGAGACCGCGACGUGUUCAACGAAAAGCCUACGCGAGAAGAACAAACUAUUGCAUCUGCCCAGCCGGUCAAGGCUGCUCAAUCCCUGGGCACCACAGCCGUAAUCCACACAACCAUGGGUGACAUACACUGUCGUCUCUUCCCAGAACAUGCACCCAAGGCCGUCGAGAAUUUCGUCGGACACGCAAAGAGCGGGUACUUUGAAGGUGUCAUUUUCCACCGAGUUAUCAAGAAGUUUAUGAUUCAAACGGGUGAUCCACUUGGAGAUGGAACGGGUGGUACGUCCAUCUGGGGUAGAGAAUUCGAAGACGAUUUUCGCCCGCUGUCAAACAUGAUCGCUCUGAUUCUGGAUAACCGCUUGCAAAGAGAAGUGCCUGUUAUGCAGCCUCUAGAGGAACGUAUCCUGCACGUGGGACUUCUGCUUUUGAAAAAACUAAAGCGCAUCGAUUGGACUUUGCCUUUUUACCCGAUGGACAUGAGGUUUUUCGACUACCUGAGCUUCCGUUGCCCAGACAUCGAAUACGUUUCUUUUGAGAUCUCCGACCAUUCCCUUUAUAGGAGGAUUUCAGAUCAGGAUUUAACUUCGCUGUUUACUUUUAGCGAGCUCAAGCACAUUCAGGUCAAGGAUAGCCGACUCCGUAAGAAAGUUAUAUCUUCAUCCCACCGGCCGAAGCUCACCCUCAGCUCCUCGCAUAUAGCGUUCGACCCUGAAACUAAUGGCCAUAUAUCGCCGGCUCUGGUAAAUAUGAUAAUGCGAUCGCCCAAUCUCGAAUAUUUAGAGCUCGACCUCAAAGAAGAUCCUGACGAUCCACAAUUCCUGUCGGCAGGUUGGCUCGUCGAAGCAAUAUCCCCGGUUUUGAAACAUACUUUUGAACACUUGAAAGUCUUCCGCCUGGGUGGGACUGCAAACAUUGAUUCAGAACUUCUGUUGCGGCCCGAAGAGGAGAGCCUUAUUAGAGGGUUUAUCUUAAGACAUCCCGGCUUGCAUACACUUCAGCUACCUUGGGACUGGGACAUGAAUUCACUGAUUCGAGAGCCUAUUCACGAAACUUGGAUGACCCUUCAAGGUGCUCUUCCAAACCUACGAUGCUUUGAGGGACCCAUAUAUUUGGUCAUCAUCUUCCUGAAACUCAAACUCGCCCAGCAGCUCGAACGUUUAGUAGUCGUGGACUCUUCUGAAGACGAAGAGUCGGAUUUAGCUAAAUUUAUAGAAAAUUUCCCUCGGUUACCGAACCUGCGAGUCCUUGAGCUUCAGUCCACUUAUAUGUUAGAUACUACAAGUUUCUCCGAAAUAAUGAAGGCAACUCCAAACAUCACUGAGCUUACCGUGAACUGGGUCGAUGGAGAUCCGGAGGCCACUAUACAAACUUUGGCUGGACUAAAGUACCUCAAGUCGCUUGCUGUGGGAUUCAAUGUUAUGCCUCACUUGGUCAAUCGACCCUACCAGGCUGUACCCGUUCAACAAGAGUUACGGGAGGUGCUUCAACUUGCUCAUGAGUGUACCAGUCUCGAAGUGGUUCGCAUCCUACCGGAAGAAGGCAGCAAAUUUGAUCACGAUACACGUUUUUAUAUUCGAGAGCGUCCAAUGGAUGACCACCAACAUCAAUCGCUUGACCAUGCGUAG